AUGGCGGAGGAAUUAGCUGAGAUAUUGGAAAGAUUUGAACUUUCUAGCAAAGAAAGGGGAGAAACAGAGCUGGACUUGGGAGAUGUAGGAACAAGUGUGAAUGAGUGCAAGGAAAGUCUGGUUGGGAAGGUAAUGGGUGAGAAAAUCAUAAAUUUCGUGGGAGUGAAAAAUUUUGUUACACUAGCUUGGGGCUACCCUAAAGGUCUUAGGGUGGUGGAGGUAGGUGUAAACACUUUCCAGUUCUUUAUACCAAGUGAGAAGGAUAGAGAAAGAAUUUAUAAGGGAGGUCCAUGGAUUAUUGAUAGCCAGAUCUUAGUUAUUAGACCAUGGUUCGAAGGAUUUGAAGAGGAAGGUGCUGAUUUUAACCUCGCUCCAUUAUGGAUUCAAGUGUGGAAUCUCCCAGUGCACUGGAUUUCUAAGGAGGUGGGAAAAAAGAUAGCAUUAGUUUUUCAUGAAACAAAGGAAGUGAUAAUCCCUCAAGGAGGAGGAAAGGAAGGGAGACACAUCAAAUUACUUGUGCUGGCUGACAUCUCCCAACCUCUUAUGAGAGGAUGGGGGAAAUUGUUGCCUCAAAAGGAAAGGAGAGGGAGGCAGCCUGCUAACAUUUCCCCUCACAAGCAAAGGUGGGGCUUUAAGGAUGGCGAGCUGGUACCAAAAACAGGUGAAAGGGAGCUGAUGGAGAGGAUUCAGGCUAGGGAGGAUGAGAAUACACGUAAGGAUAGUGGACCUGUUGGGGGGGAUAUACAAAGAGACGCCGUAGUGACAAUUCAGGAACCAGGAAAUAUGGAGGACAGGGGUGAGGAGAUGGAUAACAGUAAGGGAAAUGAAAAACAGACACAGGAAAUGCUUGAAGGGAGUAUAUGUGGUGGUCAGUUAGACAUAGUCCUGGACAAGGAGGUAGAGCUAUCCUCUAAGGAACCUGAAGCUGUGGGCAUGCAAGUGGAAGUUCAGACAGAUGUGAUGGAGACACCGAAACAAAGGAAUGACUAA